GCGGCACUGCCUGACUCAACUGUCAGAUAAAUAACAAGGUUACAUUUGUCAAUUCUCAUUAAAAUCCAAAACAAGGCGAAGUGAAUUGUGUUAUCCUGUUUGUUUUUGUGUGCACUAAUAACCGUUGCAUCGCCUGUUAUUAAAAAUCACCAGUGAUCAGCAAUUCCCAACCCGUGUGAUAAGACAAAAAAUUUUAAGCAGCAGCGAUAUCACAUCCUGAAAUGGGCAAUCAAGUCGAAGCGUAGUCUCCGUGAGUCACAUUCUUGGCACGCUAAGCUUUCCAUUGGUGUAAACAACAAAAUGCUGUUCAAAAAUAGUAAUAAAUGCCUGUCCUCAAGCCCCAACCUGAUCUUCGAUGAGGCUUGCAUCGACAUUACUAAUCUCCUGAACGAGACAGCCUCGGUUUUGGGGCAGUAUUCGGAGUGCCACAACUGUGAUUUUCAAAAUUUAACCACGCUCGAGCCGCAUAAAAAUACUUCGAUUGUUGUAAACACGCGAUAUCCCCUUGAGCUGUUCUUUGUUGCCGAUGCCAAAAAGCAGUGCAGCGUUAAGAAGCUGUUAUAUGAGCAUUAUCGCUACGGGUGGAAUAUUACAGAGAAGUGUUCGAAUUUGUAUAUUAAGGAGCCCGCAGAUAGCGCCUACUUGCCGAUUCUCACGGCUUUUAUAGUGCUUUUUUGCUUCGGUACGCUAUGGUACAUGGUCAAGUGUAUUUACAAAAAUUCCGGGCGCUUGAGAGGACUCGUUUCGUGGAAUGCAGAAAUCGAAAGCGACUUGGGUGGGUCAUCGGCGGGGACUCCCCUGGUCAUCGAACGAACGCCAUCUAUCCGAAAACACCCGCACCGUAUCAAGUCCAUUGAUGUUUUCCGCGGCUUUUGCAUCAUGAUCAUGAUUUUCGUGAAUUACGGCGGGGGGAAGUACUGGUUUUUCAGCCAUUCUGUGUGGAAUGGCCUAACAGUCGCAGACUUGGUAUUCCCCUGGUUUUUGUGGCUGAUGGGUGUCUCGUUUGCCGUUUCGUUGCAAGCGAAAUUGAGGCGGGCGGUGCCUAGGCGCCAGCUAGUCAUAGGUGUGAUGCGACGUUCGUUCAUUUUAAUUCUGCUGGGGAUUAUUAUAAAUUCGAACCAAAACUUGCAAACCAUCGGCUCUUUGCGAUUCCCGGGCGUGUUGCAGCGAAUUGGCGUCUGUUAUUUCAUCGUCGGAAUGUUGGAAAUUAUUUUCACAAAACGGUCGGAAGUUGAGAGCGUCUCCUGCAUUUAUGACGUGGCAGUGGCAUGGCCCCAGUGGCUUUGUGUCACCGUUCUUGUGGUGAUACACACUUGUGUCACGUUUUUGGGGGAUGUGCCAGGCUGUGGGAGGGGCUAUUUGGGGCCCGGGGGGCUCGAUGACAACGGGAGGUUUUACAACUGCACGGGGGGCGUUGCUGGAUACAUCGAUCGGCAAGUUUUUGGCGAACAUAUGCACAAGAAUCCCGUGUGUAAAAAAUUGUACGAAAUUGAUGUUUACUUCGACCCUGAAGGAAUACUUGGAACGCUAACUUCCGUCUUGACUGUUUAUUUCGGGGUGCAGGCAGGCCGCACACUCAACACCUAUCAAAACGUGAAGGCUAAGGUGAUUCGUUGGGUGGUUUGGGGCUCACUUGCGGGCUUGCUUGGUGGAGCGCUUUGCGAGUUCAAGCAAAACGACGGCUUGAUUCCCCUAAACAAACAGCUGUGGUCGCUGUCUUUCGCGUUGGUUUUGUCCGGGAUGGCGUUCAUUAUUCAGGCGUUUUUGUUUGUUCUUGUGGAUAUUCUAAGGAAAUGGGGAGGAAGGCCGUUCUUUUAUCCAGGGAUGAAUUCGUUGUUUUUGUAUGUGGGACAUGAAUUGUUUAAGGAUACUUUUCCAUUCGCUUGGACUCCCACGAGUGAGACGCAUGGAGCUUAUUUAUUGAUGAAUCUUUGGGGAACCGCAGUCUGGGUUGCCAUUGCUAUUUUCUUGUAUAAACGUAACGUAUUUUUUGCACUUUAAGUCGAGUUUUUACUAGUGAUAUUGUAACAUUUAACUUGAUCAAUAAUUAUUAUCUUAUGACUGAUUUCAAAUUUCCUAAAAUUAUUAGUGAGUGAAUUUUUAUUUUAGUAAUGUAAGGGUUUCUCGUUUUUAUUCAUUAUAGAGUUCGUGAUUCAUGAGAAUAUAUAGUUUAUUUAAAUUA